GAAGCAUUCGGAAAUCCUCGGCUUCCUAUUACUAUGCCCUGGCACUGUCGCUCCCAGAGGAACAUAGAGAACUAGUGGGGAACAGCAGCAUAGGUCUGGGUAGACGUUGUCGCCAUUUUAAAUGUGGCAAAGGUUCACUUACUUCAUUUCUUAUUCCUUACACAACAUCACCCUCCUAUAAAAUGCUAUUACACCGUAAUUCGCACACGCGCAUUAUUGUAACGACUUCCUACGUGUGUGUGAUAGAGAGAGCAAGUGACAGCAUUAAUAGCGGAAGUUUCUCGCGUCCUCUCCAAUCUCGUUCUAACCAAACACUUCUCUCCAGCAAGCAUCCCAUCCAGUGAUCAAAGAGGAGAGAGAACUCAAAGGGUAAGAUGCUGAGUGCGUCCACCCCGACCCAGACGCCCCCCAGCGGAGAGGACAGUUCUGACAGGGGGUCAGAGGUCAGUGUUGGAGCUCCAGCCACAGAGACAGACCGCUUCGGCUUCAUCCUGGGGAAUGGAUCCACUGCUGGGAGUGAAGGCCCACCCCCUGAGCUCGUUAGACAGAGAGAGGCCAAGUGGAUCAACAUCAUAAGCCAAUGGGAUCGUGUCUUACUAAAAAAUUCCAGCAAGGUCAAAGAGCAGUGUCAGAAAGGCAUCCCAGCAUCCCUCAGGGCUAAAUGUUGGCCACUGCUGUGUGGCGCCACAGACAGAAUGCGCCACAACAAGGACCUCUAUCAGACUCUGGACUCCAGACCCGCACUACAGAGCUGGGUGGACGUGAUAGAGAGAGACUUAGACCGCCAGUUCCCCUUCCAUGAGAUGUUCCUCUCCAGAGACGGCCAUGGACAGCGUGGUCUGUUCCGGGUGCUGAAGGCCUUCACUCAGCUGAAGCCUGAGGAGGGCUACUGCCAGGCCCAGGGACCUGUAGCAGCUGUACUGCUGAUGAACAUGCCUACUGAGCAGGCAUUCUGGUGUCUGGUGCAGAUCAGUGAACAGUACCUCCCUGGCUACUACAGUCCCCUUCUGGAGGGGGUUCUCUUUGACGCAGCCAUGCUGACCAGGGUACUGAAGAGGACGUGUCCCGCGGCUCACAAGCACCUGCAGAGACACGGCGUGGAGCCUCUGAUGUUCGCCACCGAUUGGUUGAUGUGCCUGUUCACACGCCACCUACCCUUUAACACCCUGCUCAGGGUCUGGGACCUGUUCUUCUGCUAUGGAGUGCGUGUGUUGUUCCAGGUGGCGGUGGUGUUGGUGCGCAGGGCUCUGGGCCGGGUGGAGCAGAGGGAGGAGUGCGAGGGCCAGAUGGAGACUCUGGAGAGGCUGAGGGGUGUGAGGGAGCAGGUGCAGCAGGAGGACGAUACCUUCAUUGCAGAGGUGUGUUCUGUCCCCCUAUCGAGUAAGGAUUUGGAGAGGCAGACGGAGAGAGAGCUGGAGAAGUGGAGAAUGGAACGGCCCGCCUCCACCUUUGAUCCCCGGGGUCGUUGCCACGGAUAUCGGAUGGCGUGGGCGAGGGUUCGAGAGAGGGAGGAGGAGAGGAACAGGAAGGAGAGGGAGAAAGGGAACCUGUCCCUCCCUCUGAUUCGCUCUGUCUCCCUCCUCUCUCUCUCUCCCUCGCUCCUCCGCAAGAAGUGGAUAAGAGGGAGUAGGACAGACAUUGGGGAGUGGGAGGGAGAAGGCACAGAGGUGAGGAAGGUUUCAGAGGAGGUGUGGGAGGAGAGAAGCGAGGGAGGGAAUCUGAGGAGAAGAAGUGAGAUGGAUGGUAGUCCAGUGAGGGCUCCGUGUCUUCCAUGUCCAGCUACAGAGGACAGGGCCCCAGUGGAAACGGGAGAACCAUUAGAACAGGAGGAGAGAAGACAGAAAACCCAGCUGACCCCAGAUUCAGACAGAGAACCUUCCCAGCAGUGUCAGCUCACCUUGAACCACAGCGUCACCUUGAACCACAGCGUCACCUUACAGGGCCAGGGAGAGGAGCAGGGGGGUCUCAGCCAGACACCGGUCUCUGAGCAGCACAGCAACAGCCAGACACAGGAAACUGACCACAGUAAAGACACCAUGCAAACACAGGAAGUACUGAACAAACAGUCAACAGCGAGUGCAAAUUUCAUCACAGUGCAUAUAGUGACAGAGACGAAGGGUGAGGCAGAGAAAAGCAAGGAGACAGAGACAUGUGCAGGAGCAAUGACAGAGGAGGAAACUGCUCCACACACAGACCUGAAGACAUACACAGAGGAGGAAACUGCUCCAGACACAAAACUGAAGACAUACACAGAGGAGGAAACUGCUCCAGACACAGAACUGAAGACAUACACAGAGGAGGAAACUGCUCCACACACAGACCUGAAGACAUACACAGAGGAGGAAACUGCUCCAGACACAGACCUGAAGACCUACAUUGAAGCAAAGACAGAGAAGGAAAGAGUGACAGAGACCCACACAGAUGUAGAGAUUCAGAUACGAGCAGAAGCCAAGACAGAGGAGGAAAUGGAGGCAGAGGUACAGAAAGGACUACACACAGAUAAAAGUGUAGAGACCAAGACGGACAUGGGGUCAACAGAGACAGCGACUCAAACAGAUGUGAAUACAGACACGGAGACAGACACACAACAAGAAGCAGAUGUAAACUUGGAGGCAGAAACAGACACGGGCUCACUGACCGAGAGAGACAAAGGCACUGGCACAGAGACACACACCGACAAGGAGAUACAGGCUCAUACAGAGAUCCAGUCACACAAAGGGACGGAGACACACACAGAUGAAAAAUCUGAGGCAGAGAGAGAAACGGCGUUAGAGGCACAUACAGAACCAGAGACGCAGGAAGAAAAUGAGUCAGCGAUGCACAUAGAGGCAGACAGAAGAGUAGAGGCAGAGUUGGGGUCACAGAUUGAGGCAGAAACACAGACGGACAAAGAAUCAGAGAUACGGGUAGCUGUAUACAUAGGGAUUGAGACGCGCACGGAGAAAGCCACUGACACAAACACAGGGACAGAGACGACCAUGGAGUCUCCACAUGACAUUCAGAGACGCACAGAGACAGCAAAGACAAAGGUACAGUACGCAGAGCCCUCUAGCACAAUACCAGCCAAUCAGAGCCAGGUUUCUCCAGAGUUGACAUCCACUACUGAGCCUGCGGAGGAGAGGAACUCAUCAGAACAGAAGCUUCCUGAAAGACCCCAGAGUCCAGUCACCAUCCGUCCAGAUCAGGAGACCCAGACAGUCAGGGAGAGUGAAGGAGAGAAAGAAAAGAAAGCCUCAACUGACAUCCUUCCACCAUUACAUCAGGGGGAAUCACUGACAUGUGAAUUCCCUCACAUACCUGACAACCCAAAGUCACAAAGUCAGAGUGAGUCUCCCCCUCCUGCAGACUCAAAGGCUGACUCUGGCAACUCGGUGUCCACACAAAUUGAUGUCUCGUCCCAAAGGACUACGCCCUGUGAUGGACCGUGGGCAACCCCUUCCGGAGACUUCCGGCUCUGCAAAUCCUCCAGCUCCCGGAGGCUCACCCGCAGGCUCUCUGAGGAUCUCUUCACUAAACCCAACCAAUCACAACCCACCUUCACACAAUCCAAUCAAUCAAAUAUAGGCUUCAUUCAGUCCAAUCAACCACAACCCACAUCUCCCAUUCAGGUACCAAAGCGCCCAGAAUCACCCAAACGGGUGACAGGGAGCAACCCGGACACUGUCCCACCUCAGACUGGGCCUAAAUCUGACAAAGGGCCGACCGACACCCCCAGGCUAUUUGGUCUCUUCCGCAGGCUCAAAUGGGAGCAACCAAGGCAGGACAGGGAGAAAGGGGAGCACAAAGUCCCCAUUCCCCAAAUCCUGAUCCAGGACUUCAGUGAUGGGACGGGUGAGGGGAGCACGGUCAGGGGGGAGGAAGAGGAGAACCUGAGCUCCAGAGAGAGGAGGAGGAGACGGAGGGAGCAGGAGAGGAGGGAGAAAGAGGAGGAGAAGUUACAGAAGAAGAGGGAGAAGGAGUUAGAGAAAGAGAGAAAGAGGGAGAGGAGGAAGCCUCAGACGAGGGGGAAGAGUUUUCAGGUGCUACACAGCAGUGUUCCCCUUCCUGGAAACAGUGGCUCACAGACAUUUGGUUCCAAAAGAAACUCAACUCCAUCUAUGGAGACAUACUUUUAACAAGCAAGGAAAGAAAUCGACAUUCUAAAAGUUUUUACAAACCACAAAAAUUACCCAUAAAACAUCUCAUCCAAGUGUAGACUUGAAAAAAAAUGUAAAUAAAAAAAUUUAUAUUUUCAAACUC